AUGCACGCCGAAGUCUGGACGGAGAACGGAAAAGUGUUAAUUAGGGAUGUCAAGUCAUCCAACGGGACGUUUAUCAACGGCGAACGAUUAUCAGCAGAGGGCGUCGAAUCGGAGGCGUUCGAGCUCCAUUCAGACGAUCUAGUCGAGUUCGGAAUCGACAUCAUCGCUGACGAUAAUAAGUCGAUCGUUCAUCACAAGGUGGCCACCAAGGUCUUCUUGGUCCUGAACGCCGAAGAUGCUGCAGCCGCCACCAGCUUUUAUCGCUCGAAUGGACCUGAUCUCUCGCUCAAUCGCCGUGCCAGCAGGCCUGGUGUAUUUGGUGGCGGAGGCUUUGAUCAUGUGCUGAACCGAUUACAAAGUGAACUAGAAAAAUCUCGCGCAACCGGCCAAGAACUGAACACACUCAACUCAACAAUGAAUGAGAUACACGAUACAUUAGGAGGAGGAAAUGGGCCCCCGCCCCCAUUGCCGCCUCACUAUGGUGGUCGGAUCCCUCCUAUAGUCCAACAGCCCCAGCGGCAGCAACAAACUCAACUACAGUCCCAACUGGCCGAGACGCAGGCCUCGUUGGCGAUGUAUGCGGAGAAGAUGAAGGCACUCGAGGCGAUCCUGGGGGAGCACGAACAGAUGAAACGCGAGCUCACCGAGCUGAGAGAGCAGAUCGAGCCGGCCCGAGCCCAGGAGAGCUAUCCGCGAUCGGCCGAGUCUUCCGAAGACCGUGACAUCGCCGGAAGGGUUUCCCCGGUAGCGGCGAUGCUGGAGCUCCAGGAAUCGGAGCAGGAUCGCGGGUCGAUGGAGCAUGAGGGCGAGGCGGAUGACGAUUGUAUGAGCACGGCUAGCAAUGAAACGACUAUGACCUGGAAGGCUCCAUCCAAAUCAUACCAGCCCAACGGUGCACCUGGCUCUCCUCAUCCGCAAGGCAUCGAUCUCAAACAGGUCGAAUCGAUCAUCGAACAGAACCAUCUGCUGAGCGAGAGGAUCGAAGCGAUCUCAGUCAGCUUGGAUGAGACAGUCCAAGUGGGCCAGAGCCUGCUCGAACGACACAACCAAUCUAGCGAUCUGAUCUCUGAGCUCGAGAGGGAGAUCAAAGAGCUCAAAAAAGACCAACAGCCCCCCAGUGAGGAUCAGCCCAAAAGCUUAGACACCGACUCGUCGACACUCGAAUCGAUCGAGAUAAGGAUCAUCGAGAAGGUCGAGAAGCAGUAUUCCGUCUGGUCCGAGCGUCUCGAGGCCGGCUGGAAAGAACAGCAAGCCGGCUGGGAGCACGAGCGGGAAAGCUUGCAAAAAAUCAUCCACAACCUCGAAGCCAAGUUACUUGAACAAAAGCCGCAUCCACUUGAGCCCUCGGGGAGCGUAGUCGAGGAUAAGAAGCCGUUUCCUCCCGGGCCACUCGCGUCCUCGUCGAUGUCGAAGACCUCCUCGAAGCGCAACCGCAAGAAGAAGUCCUCGCUUUCUGCGACGAUGUCGGCCGACCUCGACGCGCCCUCGGAGCCUUCGUCCCCCUCCCUCUCAUCCUCCAAAGCCCUCCCCGAGCCUGCUCACACAGACCAUCCCUCCUCCCUUGUCGACCUUUUCCUCCAUCCACUCAAACCUCAUCCGCCCCCCGUCGCCCUCGAUAACCUCCCCGAUCCCCCCCUCGACUCCCAGAAACCCUCGCCUAACUCACUGUCUAACAGCACCAACAAAAACCAUCCAUCGACCAACUCAAACGUGCGGCCAUUCAUCUACAACUUCUCUGAUCUUAAGUUCAUUUCCGCCGCUGGUGGUGUCGCCCUUUUAGGCUUCGUCACUUACGCUUUCGUGAAUCACUUUCAAGAAUAA